AUGACAAAGCCCUGGCUGCAUGAGCAGAACUCUGUCUUGGCACCGCCCGCUCCGCUCCACCUCGGAGAACAUCACGGCCGUCACCUUGACUUCCACAGAAAUGCGCAACAGCAGCGUUGUUGUCCCGGCGGUGUAACGCAGAAACCUCCUGCCAAACCUCUCCAUCCUGGUCCGCCGGUUCCACAAUACCCGACCGGUGUGGAGACGCCCGGGGCGCGUCCUGGACGCUUCAGCAGAACCGGCACCUUCAUGGAUAAACCCGCACCGCCGGACAAGUCCUGCCUCCAAGAUGCCGCGCAGACAAAUGUCACGCAGGACGCGUGGAACAGUGACCAGGAGAAGAAAACGAACGGGGGGAAGAAGAAGAAGAAAAAGAACUACCAGCGGUACCCGAAACCGCCCUACUCCUACCUGGCUAUGAUCGCCAUGGUCAUCCAAAGAUCCCCAGAGAAGAAACUCACUUUGUCCGAGAUCCUCAGAGAGAUCAGCACACUGUUCCCGUUCUUCAAAGGAAGCUACAAGGGCUGGCAAGAUUCUGUCAGACACAACCUUUCAUCCUACAACUGCUUCAUCAAGGUGCUGAAGGACCCAGGCAAGCCCCAGGGCAAAGGGAACUUCUGGAGUGUGGAGCUGAGCCGUAUUCCUCUGGAGCUCCUGAAGAGGCAGAACACUGCUGUGUCACGCCAGGAUGAGACCAUCUUUGCACAAGAUCUGGCCCCUUACAUCCUUCACGGACAAACCCACGCUCCACCCUCGGAUCCUUUGAUGUGUCUACCUCUCUUGGGCUCCAGAAACCCCUCUCCACCACAGGAGGACUUGUUCCGACCAAAGCUGGACUCCUCAUUUGCUAUAGACUCCCUGCUACACAGUCUAAGACCAGCUGACGCCUCUGAAGACGUCGGCACAGCUUCUAAAGGCUGCUGGGGGCAGGCAGACCACCAUCAGCCACCUCCUCCUCUGCAACCUCACUACGCCUCCUCCACCCGCAGUGCCUCUGCCAGCUCCAUCAGUCCAGCCUCGACCUCCUCGUCAUCUGAUGAUGAAUGGAAAGGUGUGCCGCAUUCUGGAAAACGCCUCCCUCCCGAUGGCAAAGCGGCAUCAGACUGUUCCGACUACAAGCCGCCGCUGCACAAAUCGGCUCGCAGAGAGACUGUCACGCCCCCCUGGGAGCUGCCUACCUCCUACACCAAAUACGCUCCUCCCAAUGCUAUUGCCCCGCCCAGCAUGCGAUUCAACGGAGGCCCUCUCGUGCCGCUCCACGGCGGACUCCCUCUUUAUGGUUACGGGAGCUCUCCUGUGGCGCCUGGCCACUUCUUGGGCCAUACCUAUUGGCCCCUCCUCCAUAGCAGGAGAGUUUCUGUCCAAGCCCCUCCCCUUUUCCUGGAUCUGGAGAACAUGUUGCAAUCUGUGCCUCCAAAUAAGAGUGUGUUCGAUGUGCUCAUACCCCCCAACCAGAACUCCCUCUCUCCUCACGAGACAUCCAGUCAGUACGCCAUGCAGAACAGACCUCCUGUGAACAGGUACCCUCAGUACUGA